UAAAACUUCAUAUAUACCAUCACUUCCUUGGACUUCACUUCCAAUACAAAGUGGAGAGAUGGGCUACAUUAAACUAUUCUACUUACUUUUCCUGCUCGUCUUCUUCUUCCUUUCACCACAUGUAAUGCAAGGAUUCGGAACUCAACUUAUUCGUCCUCUCCAGCAAGGGGUUUAUCAAUAUCCUCCACUGCAUUUGCAGGCAACGCGUGGCAGCAAGGAAGCAACGAUGAAUCGGAAUUGGAGGAGAUUGAUGAUUGGAUCCACGGCUCCGACCUGCACUUACAACGAAUGUAGAGGAUGCAAAUACAAAUGCAGAGCAGAACAAGUUCCGGUUGAAGGCAACGACCCAAUCAACAGUGCAUAUCACUACAAAUGUGUUUGCCACAGGCCAUGAAAUUUAG